AUGACCAGGAUGGGGCGGUGGCACGUGGUGCUGGUCGCGCUGGCGCUGCUAACCGGCGCGGGCGCUGGCGCCGCCGCCGAACAGAUGCAGUCUCGCGCCGUAGACACCGGCGUCGAUCUUCGCGUACCUGAGGCUCAGCCUAUUGGAACGGUUGUUGGAAGAAUUCCAAUCAAACCUGGCUUCACAUAUCGCUUUAAUGAACCACCAAAGGAGUUCAUUCUUGACUCAGUGUCUGGCGAGAUUAAAACUAAUAUGAUUCUUGACCGUGAAAGUGUAGAUCGUUAUGCAUUUGUUGUUUUAUCGAGUCAACCAACAUAUCCCAUAGAAGUUAGACUUCGCGUAACAGAUGUAAACGAUAACUAUCCCGAGUUCCCUGAACCCGUAAUAGCUGUAGCAUUUUCAGAAAGUGCAGCACCUGGGACAAAGUUGUUACUUGAUGCAGCGACUGAUCAAGAUUUAGGCGAAAAUGGAAUAACAAAUGAUUAUAGAAUAGUGGAUGGAGAUAAUGAAGGAAAAUUUCGUUUGAAUGUCACAGUCAAUCCAAGUGGACAAACCUCUUAUUUACAUUUAGAGACUACAGGAAAAUUAGAUAGAGAAACUAAUGAUUUUUACAUUUUAAAUAUAUCAGCACGUGAUGGUGGUAGCCCACCUAAAUACGGGUAUCUUCAAGUCAACGUUUCAAUUUUAGAUGUAAAUGACAAUCCUCCUAUUUUUGAUCAAAGUGAUUUUUCCGUGUCUUUAAAUGAAAGCGUACCUCCAGGGACUACAGUUCUGAAAGUUACAGCUACGGAUAGUGAUUUAGGUGAUAACAGUAAAAUAACAUAUGAAGUGACUGAUACUGAAAAGCAAUUUGCAGUAGAUCCGGAAUCUGGUGUGAUAACUACAACCAAAAAAUUAAUUUGUCCAAAAUAUUGUAGCAAUACCACUUGUAAUAUGACAUGCGUACUUACUGUUAUAGCGAAUGAUCAUGGAUCACCCCGACAGGAUGCACGAACGUAUGUAACGGUAAAUCUUAUAGAUGCAAAUGAUCAUGAUCCUGUAAUCACUUUUACUUAUGUGCCUCCAACAGCAAACUUUGCAACUGUGGAUGAAAAUGCCAAGAAUGGGUCACUCGUAGCAGCAAUUACCGUAACUGAUUUAGAUGCAGGUCUGAAUGGCAUUACAAGUGUACACAUUGUAGCAGGAAACGAAUUAGGUCAUUUUCGAUUGGAAAAUUCAAGCAGCGUAUAUAUUGUUCACGUAAAUGGUAUUCUGGAUAGGGAAGAAAUAAGCAAAUAUAAUUUAACCGUUGUUGCUACUGAUAAAGGUAUUCCUGCAAGAACAGCUACAUCGUUUCUGGUAAUUCAUGUUAAUGAUGUAAACGAUCAUGAGCCAGUAUUUGAAAAAUCUGAAUAUUCUGCAGUCUUAAGUGAACUCGCCCCUCCUGGAACAUAUGUUGCUGGAAUAACAGCAACCGAUGAAGACUCUGGCGUAAACGCUGAAAUUUUCUAUGAUUUUUAUGACGGAAAUCAGCAACAAUGGUUUUCAAUAGAUCAUUUAACAGGUCUAGUUAUAACAAGGUCUAUGUUAGACAGAGAAAUUCAAGGAACCGUUGAACUAAAUGUGUCCGCGAGAGAUGGAGGUCCAAAUCCAAAAUGGGCUUAUACACGACUAAAAAUAACAAUACUUGAUGAAAAUGACGAAGCACCAUCUUUCCCACAAACUCAAAUAAAUGCUACAAUUCCUGAAAAUGUGCAACCUGUAAAAGAAAUAUUAAUAUUAACCGCUUCUGAUUACGACCAGGGUACAAAUGGUUCUGUUUCUUACUAUCUUUCCUCUAGCGUAGAAAGAAAGUAUCCAAACACUUUUAUUUUAGAUCCAAUAACAGGACAAUUAAGUACCGUGAUAGAACUGGAUAGAGAAAGAAUUUCACAAUACGAGUUACAAGUAAUUGCUAAAGAUCAGGGAUAUCCGCCGCAAUCAUCAACUGCCUCAAUAUUUCUUCAAGUUCUUGACGUGAACGAUAAUGAUCCUAGCUUUUACCCGCAGAGAUAUUUCGAAAGUAUACGAGAAGAUACAAUUCCUGGAUCGACGAUACUCCAAGUCAACGCACUGGAUUUAGAUGAAGGUGAAAAUGCGAAAAUUACAUACACGCUUGAAAGUGGUGGUGAUGGAUAUUUUGAAAUUGAACCUCUGACUGGAAACAUUAUUUUACAAAAAGAUUUUCGUAAAGCUCCUAAGCCUCUUUAUUCGCUACGUAUAUCUUGUAAAGACAAAGGCCAAAGACGAGCUUUUGAUGACGCAAUUGUUGAAAUCAUAAAAGCUUUUCAUCACAAAAACGUAGAAUUUGAAGGAUACAAUGGUUACAGUUUUAAAAUAGUUGAAGAUGAAGGAGUAUCGAAAUCUGAGAUAGGUCGUUUUGUUGGUAAAGUAAGUACAAGAACAUCAAGUGAAUCAAUAUCAUAUUAUAUUUUAGAUGGUGAUGCCAAACGCGUUUUCAAAAUAGAUGAAAAAAGUGGCACCAUUACUACAGAAGCAAAUAUAGAUCGUGAAGACAAAAUGACAUAUCAUCUUAAAAUAAUGGCUAAAAGUGGGCAAGCAUUUGGAUUUACUACUGUUAAUAUUUCAGUUUUGGACAUUAAUGAUAACUAUCCAUAUUUUAUAGAAGGAAAAGAUGAAAUUUAUAUCCCAGAAAAUAUGGCCGUUGGCCAAGAAGUUUAUUUCGCUAGAGCGACAGAUCGUGAUUCUGGAUCUAAUCGCACUGUUUCUUAUGCUUUAACUUAUAAUCCUGACAAUAACUUCAGAAUAUCUGAAACUACCGGGGUUAUAUAUUUGAAUAAGGCUAUAACAAGCGAACCCGGUACCAUUUUAUCUGUAGAAGUUACAGCAUCUGAUAAUGGCCGGCCAGUUUUAGCUACUAAGCACACAAUAUCUGGAAUAAUAACUGAUGUCAAUGAUCAUACUCCUGUUUUUGACCAUACUUCGUAUGAGACUUCAUUGUUGGAAUCAACUUUAGUGAACACUAGAUUUUUUGCGAUAUCUGCUUCUGAUGCUGAUUUAGGAUUAAAUGGCAGAAUAUCUUACUCUAUUAUCGAAGGAAAUACUGAUGGAAAAUUUGGAGUAUUUCCAGACGGAUACCUUUAUGUUAAAAGUACUCUUGAUAGAGAAGAACGGGAUUAUUAUUCUUUAACAUUAGUAGCUUCAGAUUAUGGAACCCCUCCGAGAUCUUCACAAGUUCCAGUUGUUAUUCAUGUGUUAGAUGAAAAUGAUAAUAGUCCACAGUUUACAAAUACAACUUUUAUAUUCAAAAUAAAAGAGAACGAACCUCCAGAUACUUUCGUAGGAAAGUUGACAGCAAGUGAUAAAGAUAUUGGCAGAAAUGCCGAAUUAACUUUUAGCUUGCCUAUUGCCCAAAAUGAUUUUAGAAUAGAUUCAAGGAAUGGCUUUAUUAAAACAUUGAAAUCUUUUGAUAGAGAAAGCUUGGCUUUAAACUCAGGUCAAAACUAUAUAACCCUGACGGUUACUGUAAGUGAUAAUGGUAAAAUCAAAUUAUCGGAUUCAGUCAGAGUAACGAUUUAUAUAUCAGAUGUAAAUGAUAAUGCGCCUAGUUUUUUGCGAACACCGUACAAAGUUGAAAUAUCUGAAGGUACCGCUGUUGGGGCUUCUAUUAUGAGAGUAUAUUCUUCAGAUGCCGAUGAAGGGCUUAAUGGGGAUAUAUAUUACAAGCUUAUAGGUGGAGAUGAGACUGGAAAAUUCAUGCUAGAUGAGGCUACCGGGCAACUUUUUAUUAGUAAAGCUUUAGAUAGAGAAACUAUGGAUCGGUACGUGCUAUCUAUAAUGGCUCAUGAUUCUGGACAGGAUGUAAUUCUUUCUUCGUCUACAACAAUAACAGUAGACGUUCUUGAUGAAAAUGAUAAUGCACCUAUUUUCACGCAAUCUCAAAUGAAUGUUUCAGUUUUAGAGACUGAACCAGUCAAUAAAAAAAUAAUACAGUUUUACGCAACUGACGCUGAUUUGGGUAUAAAUAAUGAGGUGCAAUAUUCCAUUUCAUCGGGAAACAGGAAGGAAACAUUUUUUAUCGACGGCUAUUCUGGAGAGUUGUUUUUACACAAACAUUUGGACUAUGAGGACUUAACUUAUUAUGUUUUAAAUAUUACCGCAACAGAUAAUGGAAAUCCAAGUUUAUCUUCAAGUAUUUCAUUUACAGUAAACGUAAUAGAUGCAAAUGACAAUGCUCCCAUCUUUACUAAUACAGCAAUAGUGAGACAAAUACGAGAAGGUAUUCCAACACAUACGCCUAUAGUGACAGUUACAGCUGAAGAUCCUGAUUCUGGGUUAAACGGAAAAGUUUAUUAUUCCAUUAAACAUCAAGAUCCUAAUGAUAGUAGAAGACACUUUGCCAUAAACAACAUCACGGGUGUUAUACACACUUUAUUGCCUAUAGAUAGAGAGAGCAUUGAUACAUUUAAGAUUACCGUUGUUGCGUAUGAUAGAGCAGAGCCGGUAUCUUCGAGACUUUCUGCAGAAAAACUUGUAACAGUUAUUGUUGAGGACAUAAAUGACAAUGCGCCCGUGUUUGUUUCUAUGAACGCUGCAGUGAUUAAUUCGGCUAGAUUAGGUAGAAGUGUAAAUCGUGGGAUAUUUAUAAUGAAUGUUUUGGCUCGUGAUCUUGACUCCGGAACUAACGGACUUGUAACUUAUAAGUUGAUUCAUGGUGGUAACGAUAUAUUUAGCUUACAUAGAAGUAAUGGAGCUUUAACAUUACGGUAUCCUCCCGCUAUGCCUGAUGCAAGAUGGAAUCUCGUUAUAAAAGCGACAGAUGAAGCUGUGCUAAGCGAGCAAAGAAGCACUGAAACUUAUUUGACGGUUAUAAUGGGUGGUACAGAGUUAGAGGGAAUUACAUGGACAAAUGUGGGGUCGGUUUCUGUAGCCGAAAAUGAACCGGCCGGGACUGCAGUGUUAAAUAUGACUAAUAACUUUAAAGGUGGUUUAGAGUAUUAUAUUGUAAAUGUAACGGGUGAUAACAGACAAGUGGAUAGGUUAUUUGAUAUAGAUUCUUCCUUAGGGAUCUUAUCAACGGCAGUCUCAUUGGAUAGAGAAGCUGGUGUGGACAGAUAUGAAGUUGAAGUGUGUGCAGUUUCAUCUGCUUCGCCACUACAGUCUACAACAACAAAGGUAAAUAUAUUU